AUGUCGGUCAACUGGGUUAUGCUUGAGCCCUCCUCGACACAGCCCUUUACACCUCUGCCGCACGAACAAACCCUGUACAAGUCGCCAGCGCGCACCACCUUCUCCCUACAGUCGCUCAACAAGUUCCCUGGUAAGGAGCCUGCUCACUGGUCAGCCUCGGCCGGCACCUUGUAUCUUACCAACCGUCGUCUCGUCUACCUACCCACCACGCCGACGCCUCAACUCCAGUCUUUCUCCGUACCUCUUCUCAACACACACGAUUCGCAUGUAGUCGCACCUUGGAUAGGGCCCAACGUCUGGACUGCUCUUGCGCAGCCUGUCCAAGGUGGUGGCAUCCCUACACACAUCCCAGCAUUGGAACUGAAAUUCUCGUUCAAGGAUGGAGGAGCCUAUGACUUCCACUCUGGAUAUGAACGAGUAAAGGAGCGAUUGCAACAACAAGUCGAUGUUGCAAGACAGUCGGGUCAUCUGCAAGGCGACGGCAGCGAGGCUGGACGAGGAAGGGGAGGAGAUGCGCUUGCUGCCGUUGACGUCGCAAACGUCCAUCUCGACGAUUUGCCUGCCUAUGAGGAGACUGGUUCUACAAUUCCAAUGCCUCAACCCCAUGCUCAGCCUGUCCCGCUGUCGGCAACCACACAAGCUACCAGGUCGCCCGAGUCUCAUGCGCCAGAGGUCUUUACACCCCCUGCUGAGCCACCGCCAGGAUACGAGCAGGUGCAAAGGGAGACUGUGGAAGAUGAGCUGGAGAGGAGAUUGAGCAGUGGUCGUAUCCUCUAG